UUUGUUUACAGUUUGCUUCGUCGCCGCUCUCGACGAGUCGCGUGUUUAUCCAAAAGUUAGUGGUUUUUGUUGAAAAUAAUCGUUUAGAAUCUAAAAAUUAGCGAAUAUUGAAUUCUUUAUCCAGUAAUGAUAUCGAAAACGCUACCCGGCCAGUGUAAACUGCACCAUGUCCAGUUCUACAGCCUUCUUCCUCGAGGGAUCAACUGUUUCGCGGUGAACAGUGCCAGCAGCAAGCUGGCCCUAGCGAGAGAUGACGGGACGAUUGAAAUCUGGAGCUUGGCCGGAGCUCCGUUCAUGGAGAAAACCAUCCCCGGUUAUGAGAAGGUAUCGAUUGAGGCACUGGCCUGGGUUGGAGAUCGUUUGUUUUCGGUUGGAUUGGCGGGGACCUUGGUCGAGUGGGACCUGCGGAGGUUAGCAGUCAAGAACACCAUACUGGUGACGGGAAAUGCCGCUUGGUGUCUGGAUGUCAGCAAGGACGAGAAAAGGCUGGCUGUCGGAACAGAGGGAGGAUACAUCAAUGUGUAUAAUGUUGAAAAUGACGAGAUCAACUAUGAGAAAAUCCUGGACAAGCAGGAAGGACGGAUUGUUUGCGUACGGUUUGACUACAGUGGAGACUUCCUGGUGACGGGAUCGGCGGACGCGGUACGGAUUUGGAACAUCAAGAAGGGGCAUGCGGUGCACAAGAUGACGACGGGUCGAGCGAGUCGCGAUAAGGAAACGAUCGUGUGGGAUGUGCUGGUACUGAAGGAUUUUACCAUCAUCUCCGGCGAUUCACGAGGCAAAAUUAUGUUUUUCGAUGGAAAGCUAGGAACGGCUUUGGAUAGCAUCCCGUCAUCGAAAGCUGACGUUUUGUGUUUGGCGAUAGACGAUCGAGAAAAGACACUUUACGUGGGAGGUGUUGAGCCAGUUAUCAAGUUGUACCAGCGAGUUGAAGUUACCAAGGGCAAUGAGAAGGUGAACAGUUUCGUUCGAACCUUGAACAGAAGAUUUCACACCCACGAUAUCAAAGCUAUGACCAUGUACCACGGUAAGCUGAUUUCCGGAGGAGUCGAUGGCUCACUCAUUGUGAGCUCUUUUCCUCCUUUAACCGUGGAUAAAUAUUUACCCUAUUUGGAAGGCCCCAGCAGCAUCAUGGCUCUAGAGAGCCGAAUGCUUCUACUAAAAUACGUCAACUAUUUGGAACUGUGGACCCUGGGUUCGCAAUCGGUUGAAAGCGAUAAGAUCCUACAAAUCCGUAGCAAAUUGGACGAGCACAUAGUGGCAUGCUCGAUUUCCUCCAAUGGAAAUUGGAUCAUUUACUCAACCGAUUCAACCAUUCGGUUGUUCCGAUUUGAGCACAAAAGUGGUGGCCAAUCCAGAUUGAUCCGCCAGCGAGCCGUACCCGAACAGUUCCAACCAUGCUACCGGGUGGCGUUUACGCACGACUCGAAGGGAGUUUUUCUGUUCAGCGGUAGUGGUGCGAUCGAAUAUUUUACCUUCAAUGAGGACGGCGACUUCGAUCACAAGCAAACAAUCGAAACUGGAAAAUGGUUCGCCGACCGAGUUCAUCUAACCGCCAUUUCCGAGGACGACAACUAUCUGGUCUGCGCCAGCCUUUGCGGUGCGAUAGUGGUGUUCAAGCGAGAAAAGUUUGGCAAAUGGAAACGUCUGACCACGCUGCCCAAGUAUAAGCUCCCGGCGACGGCAAUUGCCAUCCAGCCAAACUCCCCCGUUCUGGCGGCCGUAUUUCCCGACCACAAAAUAUUCCAGUACGACUUCAGCGAGUACAAAUUCACCUUCUCGUCCUACCUGAGGAUGAACAUGCUGGGGGCGUCGGUCAACAAACCGGUCACCGGGAUUGUGUUCGAUCCCCGGAACGAUGACGUGAUGAUUCUGCAGCACGAUUCCAGCUUGGUGGUGUCGCAGUUCGAAGAGAGCGAAGCCGACCACUCGCAGCGAAAGCGAAGAAACUCCGGAAAAGGAAGUGCCGACGAAGAGGACGGCGCCAGCCCUAGCCGGAGGUACAGUUUGAAGGUGCUAAAAGCGUACACACGGUUGGUGAACAGCGCUUGGCUGGGGAAUGACGAGCUGGUGGUCGUGGAAGCGAAUCCACUGUCGAUGGUCGAACAUUUGCCACCGGCUUAUCGAAGGAAGGUGUUCGGAACGGCUUAGGUUUAGGCUCAAUACAAACAUUUAUUCGUUUAUAAG